UCUAACCCACGUCACAUUCCCACCAUUUUCUUACUGAUCGGACACUCUGCUAGUCCCUUGAAUAGGACAGAGCUUUAAGUAAUUACAUACAGCAAUUUAUGUGAUACCUUCAGAAUUUAUAUCCCGGUUGGAAAUGGCCACUUCGGGAACUCCUAUGACUGAACUGAAUGCUGACUUUUUGAAAGAAAAUGAUGAUGUUUCUGAGGUGAUACUGUCAAAAACAGAGAUGCAGAAAAAACAAACUCUGAAGGGCAUCAAGUUCUCCGAUUACAAGGAGUCUAUUGAAAAGAUUCCCUUAGAGGGAUGUUUAGGCAUCAGAAUAACUCUGAAGAACGAGUUGUAUGGAUAUGAUAUUCCAAUUCCAAAAGGGCAGAAAAUCUACCCAGAGAAGACGGAAGUGGAGCCAGAAAAAGACAAACUCAAAGUAAAGAUUUUUAAGGAGACUAAGUUCAACCUCAAGGCAGGGAUGUUCAGAUAGAGGAGGAGGAGGAGGUUAUAUGUAGAGGACAAUGUAGAGGAUGAUGAUCUGGUGAUGAAGUAAAGGACAAAGUAUCAUCUGUACUCAGCAUCAUCUUUCAUUCUGAUCGAAGUACUAGUGAUGUACAGUGUAUAUCUCAGCAGUAUCUUUCAUUCUGUAGUAGUGAAGUACAGUGUUUAUCUCAGCAGUAUUUUUCAUUCUGUAGUAGUGAAGUACAGUGUUUAUCUCAGCAGUAUUUUUCAUUCUGUAGUAGUGAAGUACAGUGUUUAUCUCAGCAGUAUCUUUCAUUCUGUAUUACACAGUGUUUAUCUGUCAGUAGAAUUCAAUGCCCCUUUAAUGUAACAAUUUUUGUUUUCUUGAAAUGAGAAGUCAAAUACAAUGUGCAAGCUCACAGUUGUCAGCUCUUCUGUAAAGGAGGAGCAAUAUUGCCUUGAAAGCUUGAUGAAAGGCAACUCAAUGAUAUUUAUUUUGUCAUCUUUAAUAUUCCUUAUACAUAUCAGUAUGUAUGUUUUAUUAAUUUUGCUGUAACAAUUGAAACACACAAAUCUCCACAUGCAAAAAAACCUUUUCUUUAUUAAAAUUUUGCACAGAGA